AGCUUGACCAUUCAUUCAUCCACAUGAUGUUGCUUAAUUGUUGUAUUGUUAAAAAAUCUAAUCUCUUCAAAAAUAUUAUUCAUACUAAACGUUAUGGUAAUCAUAAAGCAAUGUCUGCUGAUAUAAAAACUGUUCUGGCUUCCAAACAUUACGGUUUUAUGGGGUCUGGUAAUAUGUCUCAAGCAUUGGUCAAAGGUUUUCUAGCCUCAAAUGUAAUCACUGGUUCGCAAGUUACAAUGACUGAUCGGUAUGGUUUAUCAUUUCCAGAUGCAGAGAAAUAUGGAGUAGAAUAUAUACAAACAAAUGAACCAAUGGUUGAAAAAAGUGAUGUCGUGUUCGCCUGCGUUAAACCACACAUAUUACUACCAGCUUUAAAAAGUCUAUCCGAUCGUUUAAAUGAUAAACUUUUGGUUUCUAUUGCUGCAGGGAUUACACUAGACCAAAUACAACAGGCUGUGCCGAAAUCUACUCGAAUUAUCCGUAUUAUGCCUAAUACACCAUGUCUGGUUGGUGUUGGUACUGCAGUGUAUGCACAUACAUCUUCUGUUACUGAAGAAGAUAUUAAUUUGAUUUCUGCCUUAUGUUCAUCAAUCUUUCCUGUAUUUGAAGCUAUCCCGGAAUCUUUAUUUAAUGCAGCUGUUGGAGUAUCAGGAUCAUCUCCUGCUUAUAUUUAUAUGAUCACUGAAGCAAUUACAGAUGCUGGUGUUCUAUUAGGUUUACCACGCCCAAUCGCACAGAAACUAAUUGUCAAUACUAUAUUAGGCUCAGCUGUAAUGAUGCAAAAAACUGGCAAAAGUACAACUGAAUUAAAAGUAAACUGUUGUUACAUUUAUUAUAUACAUAUAUACAUAUGUACAAGUUGAAACAUUGAACGUUCUUAGUCAAUUAAAUUAUAAUGGUAGCAUAUGUAUUGACCUAGCAUCAUAUAAUAAUGAUUAGUGUAUAUCAAAACAAUGUAAUAAGGAUACAUUUUUCUUUAAUGACUCAAUUUAUCAAUACUAGUAUCUUCAGAAAAGUCUUUCUUUAUACCAUAAAUGUGGUGAAAAUUUGCUUUAACAAUGCCUUGAUCUUUUUUUUUAAAAAAAAGUGAAAAACUGUAUCACGUAAUCACAACCGAUUAAAUACAGUUUUGUUGUCAUAUAUAACAAAGUUUAUACCAAACAAUAAUUAAUCUACUAGAAAUCAUUUGAGAUGAUUACAAAACAGAAAUCAAUAAUAGUAAAGUAACGUAACAUUUAAAAUAUAAUGUAAACUAGUCAAAACGAUAUCAGUGAGAUCGAUAAAUAACUCAUUCAGAAUGGGUACUUUCAAUCAUCAUGUAAUUUGAACUGGAUAGAUCAUUGGUUGACAUUGGGGGGGGGGACUGGUUUGAGUGUUAGAUUUCAAUUUGGUUUUCAUAACUUCUACACCUUGAAUACACCAAAGACGUAACGAUUAUAUUUUUUAAUUAACUGCAUUUUAUAUACGUUUCAAUGAAUAAAUCUAAUAGUUAUGAUUAAUAGGCUUAUUCAUUUAAAUGAAAAUUCAAUUUUCUACCGACCACCAGUUUUAAACUAUUGUUGUAAAAUAUUUUCAUUGAAAUGUAUUAUUUUAUGAUUUGCAUUUCAUGUAGUGUAUUAUUGAAUCUGUUUAUAUUACUGCUAUGAUUAAUUUUUAUAGGUUUAUUCCAAAUUAAUAGAAUCAAACUGUAUGUUGUCAUUUUAUUGUUAAGCAUCAAAAAAUGAGAAAAAUAUUCCAGCUAAACUAUUAUAUGUCCUAGGACUUAACAGCAUGGUUGUUCCUAACGGGUAACCGGGGUAAGUUAGAUUUAAUUGUUCACAAUGAGGAAUACGUUUAUGCUUCCAUGGAUCUCCAUUAAAAGCAGUAGCGUUCAGAAAAAUUAUGACAUAUUGCAAAAAUUUAGCACUAGAGAAACUUUAAUUAUAAUCGGCAUCAAGGAGUUGUGUUUCCAAUCUUUACAGUCACGUUCCAUAAUCGAUAAAACUAUCAAUAUCAAUUCUAUCCUUUUAGUUAUUUCAAGAAGAAAUAAUCUUAGAUGUAUGAUAUUAGAAUGUGUCAGUCACUCACACAUCUAUAACACUACUGAAGUUUAACAUAAAUCUAGAAAGCGUUAGGGAUUUCGGAAAAAUGAAGGAGUUGAACAACUCAAGUAUGUAGAUUAUCAUAAGCCUCAAACAAAUAAUCCCAUCUAAUAGUGUCAAAAGAAAAUCUGUUUUUUAGUGUGCCCUCUACUGACUGAUGAAAAGUAUUUUACAGUGGUUAAUGAUAAGUUUCGUUUUCAAAAUUUUGCUAACUGUAUUUUUAAUUGUGUCGGGAUGAUUAUAUUAUAGUUUUUCUUUAUUAAAAUAUAUAUAUCUGUGUGUUUGUACAGAAUGAAGUUUGCUCACCUGGCGGGACAACAAUUCAAGGUGUUUAUGCUUUAGAGAAAGGUAAUCUACGAGCUACACUUAUGGAUGCAGUGCAGAAAGUUUGUGCACGUGGAGAAGAAUUAAGCAAGAAGUCCUAAUGUUUUAUGCACUACUUUCCAUAGUUCUGUUACUCUAUGAAGUGUGUGUAAUAUUUCUUCUAUAUAUUAUUAUAAACAUCAUAUUCAAUAACAAUGUUUGUUGUAUUUAAAAGUGUGUAUCUGGAAAAUUUUUCAGUUACGAUUUAUUGUGGUAUUAAAGAUCCUUGUAAGGGAAUUUUACUCAACUAAUAGAGGACUUCCUUACAUUCUCGGCUCUGUACACUUUUCUUUCAUAAUACAGUGUAUAUUUAUUUGAUAAUCCUAUAGAUAGGCUACUUCAAUCAUUAAUGUUAUAACUCCAGUGGCUUAUUUUCAGUUUUUAAUUAUGUAUUUUUUACUGUGAAUGUUUUCUUGCUGGUUAAAUCAAUUACUUGAACGUACAUCUUGAUACUAAAAUUUAGAAAAAAGUGAAUUCGUAUUUCUCUGUUUGAAUUGUUUUUCAGUACUUUACUAACUAUUCUCUGUUGUUAAUUAAGUUAAGUUUAAGUAGAGAUUUCUGUGCACCUACUAACUUGGUUCCAUUCAUUUAUUAGAAAAAAAUGGUAAGUUGAGAUGAUCAUUGAAUUUCAAUAUUUUUAUCGAUAAAAAGACCUGAACACAAUAUAAGUA